AUGGCUUGUCCGAAGGACAGUUUCCCCUUACCGAGGAUCGACCAGCUCGUCGAUGCCACCGCCGGGCAUGAGCUGCUCUGCUUCAUGGACGCGUAUUCAGGAUACAACCAGAUCUUCAUGGACCCUGCCGAUAGAGAACAUACGGCAUUCAUCACGGAUCGCUGUUUGUACUGUUACAAUGUCAUGCCUUUCGGCCUGAAGAACGCGGGGGCAACUUACCAGCGGCUUGUAAACCGGAUUUUUGCCAAAUACAUCGGCGGCAUCAUGGAGGUGUAUGUCGAUGAUAUGUUGUUAAAAAGCCGAACGGCAGGGGAGCACCUGGAAAACCUGGCCUUCAUGUUCGGUAUUCUAAAGGACUACCGAAUGAGACUGAACCCGGCGAAGUGCGCCUUCGGUGUAUCUUCCGGUAAAUUUCUCGGGUUCAUGAUCAGUCAAAGGGGAAUCGAGGCCAAUCCCGAGAAAAUCAAAGCCACAAUCGACAUGGAGACGCCGAAGACGCAGAAGGACAUUCAGAGCCUUACCGAACGUGUCGCUGCCCUGACACGCUUCAUCUCCAAGGCUACCGACAAAUGCGUGCCGUUCUUCAAAGCUUUGAAAGGGGGCAAACAUCAUAUCGCAUGGACUCCCGAAUGCGACCAGGCAUUUCAAAACUUGAAGAACUACAUGAGCCAGGCACCACUGUUAUCAAAACCGCUCCCAGGCGAGGUACUACUCCUGUACCUUUCGGUAUCCAACACUGCCGUUAGCUCAGUCUUGAUACGGAAGCCGGAGAAGGCGGAGCUACCGAUCUUUUAUGUCAGCAAGGCGCUCCAGAAAGCAGAACUUCGGUACCCACCCUUGGAGCAGCUAGCACUGGCCCUGGUCGUCUCGGCGCGAAACUUCGCCCUUACUUCCAGGCUCACGAAAUCACAGUUCUGA